GGGACUAUAUAAGAGAUGACAGUGUGGUCCGGUCCAAGUUUAAUUUGUGAGGUAGUUCAGAUUCUUCAUACUUUUUAAUUACUCGUUUCAAAUCAAAGUCGGCAACCUAAGGACAUUCCAUCACUUCGUCGCUGUUAGAUCGGUAUAUCCAGAGUAGUAGGAAAUGUCGCCUGCCCGCCUUCACAGAUUCCGUCUACACUGACUCAGGUUUACGCGAGUGAUUGACAUUUGAAUUGCAAAAUAUACUGGACAUCAUUGGCAGUAACGAAAUGGAGUUUCUGUAUCACUAUACCAACCAAGAAGAUUUAAACAAAAUUUUACGUGAAAAAAUUCUGCGUGUGUCACCCAGUGGCCCCAAUGGCAGAUUUGGUACUGGCGUCUACUUGACUUCGUUUACACCUGAUAAGGGGCGUGAAGCAAUCAAGAAAAAUAUUCUAGAUGGGGUGCAUGAAAAGCCAAAAUACGCCAAUAAGACUGUAGAAUGUUAUCUAAAGUUUAAGAAAGAAGACCUCGAUACUGUGCGAUUCAUUCCAACUAAAGGCGAUCGAGAUGUAUGGCUUAAUCCCAGCGAAAUUAACCUGCGCGACAUUUCCUACUACUCUGGAUAUACCGAUAACAGCGACGAAGAAGAAUAUAUUCCUUGUGCGGCAGUCGUGACACGUGCAGAGGCAAAUGUUGGAUCGUUUUCUGAUCUUGUGUAUGAGAAUCAUUGUUUUCGGAAUGCGAACCCGGCUGUUUCUGAACGACAAAGCGCUGCUCGUAGCACUUACAGUUACGGAACGGGAGGAGAUUCACGCAGCAUUUCAUAUCGCUCUUAUUACCAGCAACAGCAGCAAGAAUCAGAGUCGGAUUCUGAUGGUGAUUAUUCUUGGUAUCCGAAUUCUGCUGUUUCUGAGCGUCAUCAAAACACUGGUCGUAGCACUUACGGUUACCCAACGGGAGGAGAUUCACGCAGCACUUCAUUUCGCACUUCCCAUCAACAGCAACAGCAGCAACAAGAAUCAGAUGAAAUUGGAUUGGGGGGCGUUGUGGCUGGAACUGCGGCUGUUUUAGCUGUUGGCGCAGCUGCUUUUGGUUUAUUUGCAGCUUUCCGCCAAUCACGCCAAAACAAUCAACAGUAAAAAU